AAUUAAAAAAAAAAUACAAAAAUACAAAAAUCCCUAAUUUCUAAUUGUUGAGGGAAAUUAACAAGAGCAGAAUCCUUUUCAGUUAUAAUCUUCGAAACCCUUCGUCCCUCGACGACACCGGCAUCCUGUCGCCGCCUCCAGUUGGUUCUACCAGAUUUAAAGUCGGGGUGGAUCUGAGAAGAUAGAAGAUGCUUUCUGGAGUAAAGUUUAUACCUCGAGAUCAAGUUGAUGAAGCAGAAGAUGGAAACUCAGAUGUAAAGAGGACGAAAUCUCGUGGUAGAAAGGAAAAGCAUAGGAGAAAAAAGAAGAGCCCUAGUUGUGGCAAUUCAGAUGAUGAUCUUGAUAGAAUAAAGAAAGGUUCAAGAAAAAACAAUAAAUGGUACUCAUCUGAUGAGUAUUCGUCAAGUGAAAGUGAGGGCAGUUCUGAGCAAGAUGAAAAGAAAGAUGGCAGUAGGAAAAAGAGAAGAAAUGAUGAUAUGGAUGAAAAGAGAAGUAGGUCAAAGAAGAAAUUUAAGAUUGGUAGGAAAUAUUAUUCAUCUGAGGAAUAUUCUUCAUCUGAUUCUGAAGAUGAGCGUCAAAAGGGAAGUAGGAAAUACAAAAAGAAAAAGAGUAAGGCAAGACAGGGUCAAGAAGAUAUAGCAGAUGAUAACUUGGCUGAUUAUGGUGGAGGAUCUUCGAUAAAGGAGAAGGAAAUUGUCAGGAAGGAAAUGGGGUUAGAGUGGAUGCUAAGGCCUGCAGAAAGGACCAAUAGAAGGCCAGCGGUGACUGUCAACAGCCAGCCAGACGAACCUCCAGCCGAGGAGACACCAAAAGUGAAUCCCAGGGAAUUGAACCCUUAUCUGAAGGAUGAUGGAAGCGGCUAUCCAGACGAAGAUGGGAAAAAGGCUGGUGGGGACCAUCUUUUGGCAUCUUCUCUAAUUGGGGAUGGAGGUGCAAGCUGGCGACUUAAAGCCUUGAAGCGUGCACAAGAGCAAGCAGCCCGAGAAGGACGAAAACUAGAGGAGGUUGCUGAAGAGCGCUGGGGCUCUCUUGGUAAACUAGCUGUAUCUGCAGCAUCUCAUAGGGCUGCUCCAUCCCGUGCUCAUCUGCAUGCCAUUAAAAACAGGAAAAAAGGGCUGAAUGAGGAGCACCAAACUGCCGCAGAAAAUCAAACUGAAAGAGAUAAUGACAAGAAAUCUGGACGAGAUUACUUGCGGGAUGUAUCCCUUCGGCACCCUGAAAUGAGAGCCCCUAAAGCUCGUGAUUCCUUGUCCUGGGGAAAGCGAAGAAGUCAAAACAUGUCUACCCAGGAUGCUGACGUUAUUUCUGCUGCAGUCUCUGGCUUAAAUAAGUUUACUGAUGAUGGAAGCUUCAUGUGUGAAUUUAACCACAAGGAGAGUAAAGAUGCAGGUAGUUCUGUUGGUUCAGAUUCAAAUGGCAAGGGCAAUGUAGAGUCAGAAGCCGUAUCAUCAAGUACAAAAACACUAAGCGAAAGUACUGCAUUGGUUGAUGAGGGACUGAGUGCCAACAAGUUGGUGGCUAAGGCUAUGCAGCUGCGUUUGAAAGGAAAACACGAAGAAGCUGAUAAACUUUUGAAAGAAGCUGAGAACAUGAAAACAAAGCAGGGUGCAGGUGAUAAUUCAACUGAACUAGAAGGAAACUUUAGCAGGUAAUAUGUCAUUCAUGAUAUUUCUGUCCGAAAGAAGGAUGAUGAUGCUGUGCAUUUAGCGCAAAAGAUAAUUCGGAAACAAUCUAGCGUAUCUGGUCGAGCAGAUGAUGAAUAUGAUUUUGAGGAUGGUCCAAGCAGAAAGUCAAGGAAAAAGAAGGGAGGAAAUGAUAAUAAGGGCUGAAGAGCUAUGGUGAAGCACAUCUUGACUCAGCAAGAACGAUGUCUCUUUUGCUUUGAGAAUCCAAACCGGCCAAGACAUCUUGUUGUGGCGUUAGAAUUUACUUACUUGAUGUUGCCACAGUGGCAGCCUGUUGCUGGUCAUUGCUGCAUCUUAACAAUGAGUUUUGCUGUGCAGCAUGAGUCAUCCACAAGAACUGUUGACAAUAAUGUGUGGGAUGAAAUUCGCAAUUUCAAGAAAUGCCUUAUUAUGAUGUUUGCAAAGCAAGAGAAAGAAGUAGUGUUUCUUGAGACAGUGAUGGGUUUGGCACAACAGCGUCGUCAUUGUCUGAUUGAAUGCAUUCCUUUGCCUGAAAAGAUUGCAAAGCAAGCCCCUCUCUAUUUUAAAAAGGCAAUUGAUGAAGCCGAAGAUGAGUGGAGCCAACACAAUGCAAAGAAGCUUAUUGAUACAAGUGUGAAGGGCUUGCGAGGUUCCAUUCCAAAGGACUUUCCAUACUUCCAUGUUGAAUUUGGUCUGAAUAAGGGCUUUGUUCAUGUAAUUGAUGACGAAAAACAGUUUAAAAGCAGCCUGGGCCUUAAUGUCAUAAGAGGAAUGCUACAACUGCCAGAGGAGGACAUGUAUCGUAGGAGGAAGCACGAGUCUGUGGAGGCACAGAAGCAGGCAGUUACAGAUUUUGCUCGAGACUGGGAACCAUUUGACUGGACAAAACAACUUGACUAAGCAUUGAGAUCUUGCCACUACCCCAUCCUGUGGUUUGUCUAAAAGCAUUAAGGAUUUCUGCUUUUGCAUCUUGGCCAUCAUUUAUAAAUAUAGCUUACAUAUAUAUCAAAAAGCGUUGUCGCAUGGGUUUGAGGCUCCAGUAUGACUUGUUAGUUCCGAGUCAUGAUGAUUGCAUGUGCGCUGUGGUUUUGGAGCUGCUGGGAAGAAGAGGAGAACACUUCAAGUUGAUUCAGGGUCUCAUUUUUGUGCGCUGUUGUUCUGGGACGUUAUGGAUAGAGAAGAUGUCGCUUCUAGUUAAUCCAGGGUCUCAUUUGUAUCAUAUUUCUUUCAGAGUUGGUACCUGGGUUUACUUAGAAGCGUUCUUUAAAUUUAGUGAUUUAAUCAGUAAAAAUUAGUGUUUAUUGCACUUCUGAGUUUGUGCUACAACGAAUCUGUGGGCACCCCCUUUCAAUAAUUUAGGUGUCCAGAAACUAAUAUCAAUUUUACUUUUCAAUAUUUUUUUA